UUCAACUCUCGCUUGAGGAUAUUCCCAUUUCGAGCGACACCCAGAAUCCCGCCCCCCCAGCCAGCUCCACGGAUACCCCAGUAAUGCGCAGACAGUAAGCAAUUUCCUUUGAACGAGGGCACCGCGACACAAUCCUAGGCGACUGAAUCGCGCCCUCAAACGAUACGAUAUACGUCGCGUUCAGUCCCCCCAACAAGCGAACAUGGCCCCCGAGCCUACCAACACAUCGUGGGAUCACGAGUACCACACCAUUCGUCGCGAGAAGCUUUUUCGAAAUCCCCCGACCGACAGGACUGCCUAUCCUGCCCUCCAGCUCGCUGUUGAUCCCCAUAUCGAGUCGUUUAAUGCCCUCUUUCGCACCGACGGGAGGCCCAGCCUUCUCGACCAUGCGCUCGCCGAGAUCGGGACGAAGACUUUUCUAGAUGGAGAUGAGCGAGCGGCGCCCGCGGGUAGAAAUAAGCUGACUAUUCGGUACAAGAGCGUCACGCUUCAGAAGUCCCAGGUUCCGCCCUCCAACAAGUUUGCAAAGAGGCGCGAGAUCUUUCCAGCCGAGUGUAGAGAACGACACGUCUCGUACCGGGGGAAGCUCACGGCUGUUUUCGAGUACCGCAUCAACGAUGGCGAGCCUCAGGAGUUUGUCAGAGAAUUGGGCCAGAUGCCCAUCAUGGUCAAGUCCAAUAAAUGCCACCUUGAAAACAAUCCGCCGGCGCUUCUUGUGCAGAGAAAAGAGGAGUCCGAGGAGCUGGGCGGAUACUUCAUCAUAAACGGCAUUGAGAAGAUUAUCCGUCUGCUCCUAGUCAACCGCAGGAACUUCCCGCUGGCUAUUAUCCGCCCGAGUUUCGCCAACCGCGGUUCUUCGUAUACGCAGUACGGUAUUAUAGUACGGUCGGUCCGGCCAGACGAGACCUCGCAAACGAAUGUGCUCCACUACCUGAACGACGGAAACGUCACGUUCCGGUUCUCAUGGAGGAAGAACGAGUAUCUCGUGCCGGUCAUGAUGAUCCUCAAGGCCCUUAUCGAGACCAACGACCGAGAGAUUUUCGAGGGUCUGGUGGGCCCGCCAAACUCGAAAGGGAUCGAGAAUACUUUCUUGACAGACCGAGUUGAACUGCUCCUCCGCACAUAUAAAUCAUACGGUCUGUACACCAAAACACAGACCCGGGCGUAUCUGGGACAGAAGUUCCGGGUUGUGCUCGGUGUCCCCGAUACCAUGUCGGACUAUGAAGUAGGCACAGAAUUCCUCCGCAAGGUGGUUCUGGUGCAUCUUGGUUGUGUCGAUGUCACCGAGGAACAGGAUCUCGACAAGUUCAAGAUGUUGCUCUUCAUGUGCCGGAAGCUCUACGCCCUUGUUGCCGGCGACUGCGCAGUCGACAACCCCGACGCGGUGCAGAACCAGGAAAUCCUGCUCGGCGGCUUUCUGUACGGCAUGAUAUUGAAAGAGCGGCUUGAUGAGUUGCUCUCCGUCUCACUCAAGGCGGCUCUGCGAGAUUAUCUCAGACGAAACCCGACCCUCUCUUUCACGUCUUCCUCUUUUGCAAAGGACUUUCCCAUUUCCAUUUUCAGGAGGACAAACGAGAAUCUCGGCAAUGCCCUCGAGUAUUUCCUCUCGACCGGCAAUCUUCAGAGCCCCUCUGGUCUCGACCUGCAACAGACUUCGGGCUUCACCGUGGUGGCCGAGAAGCUCAAUUUCUUGCGUUUCAUCAGCCACUUCCGUAUGGUUCACCGUGGCAGUUUCUUCGCUCAGCUGAAGACCACGACCGUCCGGAAGCUGCUGCCUGAGUCCUGGGGUUUCCUGUGUCCCGUUCACACCCCUGAUGGUGCGCCUUGUGGACUGUUGAACCACUUGGCCCACAAAUGCAAGAUCAUGACGGAGUCGGUGGAUGUGUCGGCCGUUCCGGGCGUUGCUAUGGAGCUGGGCGUGAACGACUACUCGUCCGCCGCCACAAGCGAGAGUGUCGUCGUGAUGCUCGACGGCAGGAUUAUCGGCUGGUGUACCCCCAAAGCGGCCAAGGCUGUCGCUGACACCCUGCGGCGCUGGAAAGUGGAGGGCGGCCACGGCAUUCCGGUACUUUUGGAGAUCGGCUAUGUGCCUCCGUCCAGGGGCGGGUCGUAUCCUGGUAUCUAUAUGGCGUCUCAGCCGUCGAGGAUGGUCCGGCCGGUGAAGUAUUUACCGCUGGGCAAAGAAGAUUUCGUCGGCCCGCAUGAGCAGCCGUACAUGUCGAUUGCGUGUACAGAGGAAGAAGUCAUUCCAGGUGACUCAACACAUGUCGAGUUCGACCCUACCAACAUCCUCUCCAUCUUGGCCAACAUGACCCCCUUCUCCGACUUCAACCAGUCACCCCGAAACAUGUACCAGUGCCAGAUGGGUAAGCAAUCAAUGGGUACACCGGGAGCUGCAAUUCGGUAUCGGACGGACAACAAGAUGUACCGCCUCCAGACCGGCCAAACCCCUAUCGUCCGUGCCCCUUUGCACAAUACCUACGGUUUCGACAACUUCCCCAACGGCAUGAAUGCUGUGGUUGCUGUCAUCUCGUACACGGGCUAUGACAUGGACGAUGCCAUGAUUCUCAACAAGUCGGCGCACGAGCGAGGGUUCGGUCACGGCACAAUCUACAAGACCAAGAAGAUCAGUCUCAAGGAUGACACAAGGACCCGGACAUCCAAGACCAUCACCAGAAUGUUCGGUUUUGCUCCCGGCAGCCCCGUCAGGGCGUCGGACCGCGAAAUGCUCGACGAGGAUGGGCUGCCUUACGUGGGCCGCCUGGUUAGGGAGGGAGACAUUCUCUGUGCCUGGCACACUGUCUCGGCCGACUAUAGCGGGCAGCUAAUCAACCGAGACGGCAUCACGCACUGGGAGCGCUACAAGGAGGCGGAGGACGCCUUUAUCGAGGAGGUGCGCGUGAUCGGGAGCGACUCGGGGAAUGAACCCCUGCAGACAAUCUCGAUCAAACUCCGCAUCCCCCGGUCGCCCGUCAUCGGUGACAAGUUCUCGUCGCGUCACGGUCAGAAGGGCGUCGCGUCGCAAAAAUGGCCGGCCAUCGACAUGCCCUUCUCCGAGUCGGGCAUCCAGCCGGACGUCAUCAUCAACCCCCACGCUUUCCCGUCUCGCAUGACAAUCGGCAUGUUUGUCGAGUCACUUGCUGGCAAGGCCGGCGCUCUGCACGGCCUGGCACAGGACUCGACGCCGUUCAAGUUCAACGAGGAGCACACGGCGGCCGACUACUUUGGCCAGCAGCUGAUCAAGGCAGGUUACAACUACCACGGCAACGAACCCAUGUACUCGGGCAUUACUGGAGAGGAGUUUGCUUGCGACAUCUACAUCGGUGUGGUCUACUACCAGCGGCUGAGACACAUGGUCAACGACAAGUACCAGGUGCGCACAACGGGGCCGGUAGUCCCAACGACGGGCCAGCCCAUCAAAGGCCGCAAGAAGGGCGGCGGUAUCCGCGUGGGCGAAAUGGAGCGCGACGCGCUGCUGGCGCACGGCACCGCGUUCUUGCUGCAGGACCGCCUGCUCAACUGCUCGGACUACACCAAGGCGUGGAUUUGCCGCGAUUGUGGGUCGUUUUUGUCCGUGCAACCGACUGUGUCGCCGUUCAUUGGCAAGCGGAGGCAGGUCGGCACCGUCCGCUGUCGGAACUGCGCGCAGCGCCUGGAUCAGAUCGAGGGGCUGGAUCUGAUGAAGCUGGACGGGGAGAUCUGGGAGGACGGUCAAGGGGUGCAGUGGAUCGGCGGGGAAAACACCACAAUGGUGGUCGUACCGGGCGCGCUGAAGUUUCUGGAUGUGGAGCUGGCGGCCCUGGGCGUGAAGAUGAAGUUCCGGGUGGACACCAAGGACGCGAUUCGGAGGGGCCCUUUGAGGGCGACGGCACCGAAGACGCUCCCGAGUGUGGCGGCUUCGGCAUGAUGAAGCAACAUGUCACUCUUAUGUUUCGUACCAUUUUUUUAAGCCAGGUAAAAUACUCGGAUCGUUUUUCCGUUGUAGAGUUCCCCCAUGCUUUGCC